UGUAUACCUCCCUUCUUGCAACCCCAAUUCUUUCUCCUUGGGUGCCUUGUCACUCCAGUUUGUCUUCAGUCCAUUGUAUGGUGGUGACCGAAUGCUUGCGCCGCCGCGACACAAUGCCACGGUCCUGAUGUCAGGCCUGGCAAGGCGUCGCGGCGUGAACGUCAGGAGUCUGUGUUUCGUGGCCGGACAGACUACGACACCUAUACGUCCAGCAUGGCAGAUACAUCCUACUUUAGGUGCCGCGAAUGCACUUGCAGCGUCAAAGUUCGGUGGCUACGGCCUCAGCAACAAUAGGACGUGGCUCGUUUCGGCCUCGAUGAAGGCUUACUCGAAGCUUUCUGGUCCACAAGCUACCGGAAUUCCAGCAAGGUGGCAGCAGAGGCAGUCAUGGCUACAACGACGGAGGUUGUCUAGUCAAACACCAAAGGUUAAUGAGGAGAAGAAGAAGACCAGUGACGACCCAUCCUCGGCUUCUCCUUCGCCGACAACGACGACGAUGAUAGUACCACCCAAACUCACCAAGAUCCUGCCCCGGAUCACGACCCACGAGAACAUCUACACCAUCCCCAACAUCCUCACGUUCACGCGACUCGUCGCCGCGCCCGCCGUCGGUUACUUCAUCCUGACCGACCAGCCACUGGCCGCGGUCUCGCUGUUCUUCUACGCCGGCGUCACCGACCUGAUCGACGGUUACCUGGCGAGGCGCUUCAACAGCACCACCGUCGUCGGCACCGUCAUUGACCCCAUGGCCGACAAGGCCCUGAUGACCAUCGCCGUCGUUUGUCUGGCCCUCAACCACACUCUCCCGCUCUGGCUGGCCGUCAUCAUCCUCGGCCGAGACGUAGGCCUCGCCAUCUCCGCCAUCUACUUCCGUUGGAUCUCCUUACCCCCACCGAAAACCAUGGCGAGGUACUGGGAUUUCAGUCUGCCCAGCGCCGAGGUCCACCCGACCGAGAUUAGCAAGAUCAAUACCUUUUUGCAGCUCUUACUGAUCGGAAACGCCAUGGUCCUGCCCGUACUCCCCGAAUCCUUGGUCGCCGCCUACAAUCUUACCGGCAUCUUCGAAGGGUGGAUGUACCUCGUCGCCACCACUACGGUCUGGAGCGGUCUCAGUUACAUCGGGAACAAGUCGGCCGUCAAGAUUUUGUCGAAUGCCGAAAUUGACGAGAAAAUGGCACAGACUAACAAGGACAAAUAGUGUCGGCGCCGGUCUACGAUACAUGACUGACGCAUUCGACCGUCAUACUGCCUGUUCUUCUCCCUACCCUCCCUCCCGAAUCGUAUGUACAUUACCUUUAAACUGUAUUUGCUUUGUAGUGAAAAGUCUUACAUAAGAUAUGUAUUCGAAGUAGAAUACCAGAUAUUGUCUGAACAGCAAGA